UGCUGGUGAAUUGCCUCAAGCUCAACUCAAUCAUCGUCAAUUCUGCUGCGGACAAUUUGAUUUUUCAGCAAACUAAGCUCCGGUGAGAUGUCAGGGGAUCGCUUCAACAUUUGUGUAUGUGGAAGACCAUUUUCCAGGAGGAUACUUGUCGCUCUGGUCUGCUUCAUAAUGUGUCCGAUCUGUGUAAUGGUGUUACUGAACACUCAAACUCCUGACUUCAAACUGUAUAUUUCAAAUAUGAGUGUAUCGCCGGCUUACAGUUUGCCAACCACUGCAAACUCCUGCUUGCCUUCCAAGGAUGACGUUCUCGUCGCUCACCCGGACAAUGAUAAAACAAGGUUGAUCGACUUGAGGAACUUCACGUUCACGAUUAACCAUACCUGCAACAACAGCCAUCCCUUAAUAGUGGCUUUAAUUCAUACCGCACCAAAGAAUUACGCGAAGAGAAUGAUUAUCCGCGAGACGUGGGGGAAAAAGAUUUACGGAAUAAUGGUAUUUUUCUUCGUCGGUAUGUCGACUGAAUUUCAAUGCAAGCUGGAGGAAGAGGAUAAGACUUACGGAGACAUCGUUCAAGGGAAUUUUAUUGACUCUUACAGAAAUUUGACCUACAAACAUGUGAUGGAUCUCAAAUGGGCCAAGUAUCACUGUCCGGACGUCAAAUACGUGCUCAAGCUGGACGACGACGUCUUCGUUAAUACACCCGCAGUGCUUGCGUUUCUGGCUCGAAACAUGUUACCUUGGGGUGAGAAUCGAGUGAUGCGUUGCAACCCAGCAUCCUCUACAGUGCCGCAGCGCAAAGCCGGUGAUAAAUGGAUGGUCACAAAAAAGGAAUAUCCUGGAAAAACGUAUCCCGCUUACUGUUUGGGCUGGGUGAUAUUCUACACGCUAGAUACCGUAAGUCUCUUGUACGAAGAGGCGCAGUGUACCCCUUACUUCUGGAUAGACGACGUGCACAUAAGUGGGAUUGUCGCGAAAAAGGUCAACUUAACUUAUACGUCGCUGAAUUCGCAAAUUCUGCGCGGCAAGAAGCUCAAUGAUUUCAUCAAGUCCCCGGAUGCUACGGUUGACUUCCUGGUCGCUGGACCGCAACUGACCGAGACUGAUUCGAGGGCACUAUGGAAGGCGGUCGUCUCCAUUCAGUGACCUAGGUCGACGGGUGUGACGUGUGUAGUGCUCCUGCUCCUGCAAAUGACUGAAUUGACUAGGACUUAUAGUGAUAUUCAGUGUAUAAUAUUUCACAGUGACAUUUCCGAGCAUGGAAUUCGCCUUAUCCAGUAUGAAUCUGAAUCUAUUUGUUGAAUGUGAAUUGAAUCUAUAUUCUGCCUGUGAUCGUGGCCUUAGGUUCGGAGGUACCAAUUUUGAUAAAUAGACAUAACCGAGCAGAGGUUGACAGUAUAAUAAUAGAACUGUUCUGUGCUAAGUGAGGAAAGAA